UUUUUUAAAUGGAGGAUACUCAUUCUGUUGGCGUGCUCAUGGACUCUGCGACCUCCAAGAUACAGCAACUUCAGAAAGCAUUCGCUGAGCUUGAAAGUAACCGAGCUGUUACCCUAAAUAUGAAAUGGAAGAGCUGGAAGCCCAUUUUCACGGCCUGGAAAAGUCACUAAAAAGGCGUUUUCAUGAGUUGGAAGACCAGGAAAAGGAAUAUGAAAUCAAAACAAUGGAAGCACAAGAGAUACUAGAGAAGCGUAAAGCAGCUGUUGUGGCGAAGGAGGAGGCUUCUUUAGAGAAGCUUCAGGAGAAAAAGGAUGCUGCUGUGUUUGCUAUUUCAACUGCUAAAGAGAAGCAAUGGAGGGUAUUGUGUGAAGAAUAUUCUGAAGCCACCAGUGAGAGUCCGGGUGGAACCAUGGAGGAAACACCAACUAAUUCUAUAGUAUCUGUGAUUACUUCUGAAUACUCAAGUGGAACAGCUGAAGAUGGAAGUCCAGAAGUGCAGUCAGCUGAUAAUGGAAAUGGAGAGGUGGCAUCUUAUCCCGAGCUCAUCAAACUAUGUGAAGAGAUGGAUGCUGAGGGUCUUCAUAAUUUCAUUCUGACAACCGCAAGAACCUUGCUUCAAUGA